UUUCCCAUCAUAUCAACUCAAACAAAACGAUGGUACACUCGAGUACACUCUGGUACUUGAUUGGUGACAUUUUGCAAAUAGGAGCGUACGCAUUUAUCACGUGGAAACUUAUCCAAGUAAAAAGUCAUCAUGUAAUGUAUUUCAAUAUGUUUCGCCAUUGGAUAAUUGUGGUCGCAGCCAGAAUUUCAGACAAAUGGAUAAUCAAACUGGUAAACGGCAUAACGGAUUACGAUUUGAACAUUUCUACUGAUCCGCGGCUGUUGUCCUACAAUCGCACACCGGGAAUUGUAUUUUGGCACACCGUGUUCUACGCGUACACUGUGUACUUCGGAGCAAUGCACGCCAUCAUGUCGGUCGCGAUUUUGGGAAAUUAUGUGAGUUCGGCUUACCAACUGAUAGUCGGCAUUCUAUGCGACAUACCGCGGUUGGCCGAUUUCGUGAUAAUGGCCAACACGUACAUAUUUUUGGGAAACUUGGGAUGCAGAUUUUGUGCACUGAACGUAUUUUGGAAACGACUACCAGCCACUCUGCUGAUGACGCCCGGAUGCUGGUCCAAAGAAGAAGUGGUCAUGUUGGUCGAAUGUUGCAGACUGUUGCACGCCGACCUUUGCAAUUUGCUCAGAAUGUUCAGCAUCGCAUACGGACCCGUUUUGAUGUUUCUUUCUUACUUUAUAAUAUUCGAUAUGGGCUUAAACGUUUUCGUCAUCCUGUAUGCAAACGACCCGAACAUACCCGUUUUGCCAGCAUUCCUGGUGUUUCUCCAAAACAUCUUCUUUGUAGUCACUUUGCUGGCACUAACCACGUGGACUAUCGAUCAGAAAAAUAGGAUAAUUUUUCACUUGCGUUCUUGCCGGAUUGCCGAUUUGCCUGAAGAAAUAAUCACACAGUUGCAAUGUUUCAUGAAACAAGUGUCCAGUUACGACAUGUAUGAAAUAUCAGCCAACGGGUUUUUCAAUUAUGAUCUAAGCUUUAUAUUAACGAUUACAACAAUGCUGUGCAAAGGUGUUACUACUAUGCUACAAAUGGAUGGACAUAAAACUUUUCGAUUGUUCGUCAACAACACUUUUCAAUAUGAUCAUAGCAAUGAAACUCGACCAUAUGUUAAACCUUAA